GUAAGUGAGUGAGUGUGUGAGUGAGUGAGUGAGUAAGAAAGAACGAGGAAAAGAGGGAGUGUGUGUACCGGAGAGGGAGAAAGAUAAGUUAGGAGUAAAAGAAUCUGAAUCGUUUCUUUCUUUUCCAUUUCUUUUUUUUAGUGUGAGAGGAGAAUAUUAUAUAUAUAUAUAAAUAUAUAUUUUUUUACAAAAUCAAGAACUGAUCGGGACGCCAGAGGAGGAGGAGAAGAUUUUUUUUUUCCUUUGAAAUAUAUUGCGCUUUUGGAGGUGUUAGAAUUAAAGAGGGAGGCGGCGUUAUUAAUUCACGCUGAUCUGAUGAUCAUGACGGCAGCUGUCGAUAUGAAACCGACGUUAACAAUCAUAAAGGCUGAAAAAAUGGACGAUCCCGAGUGUGGAGAUGUCCCCCUGCUAACUCCAGGAAGUAAAGAGAUGAUGUCCCAGGCUUUGAAGGCUACCUUUAGUGGCUUCACAAAGGAACAGCAGCGACUGGGUAUUCCCAAAGAUCCUAGACUGUGGACAGAAAAGCACGUGGCCGAGUGGCUAACGUGGACCGUGAACGAAUUCAGUCUGAAGAACGUCGAUUUUGACAAGUUUGGCAUCAACGGAGCCAGCCUGUGUGCGAUGGGGAAGGAGCGAUUCUUGGACUUGGCGCCUGACUUUGUGGGCGACAUCCUUUGGGAGCAUUUGGAAAUGCUUCAAAAAGAGGAUACAAAGCAUUACCCCAUGAAUGGACUCAACUCUAACUUCCAGGAAUCCCGCUUUACCUCAGACUACUUUGUCAGCUAUGGUGUUGAGCACGCUCAGUGUGUCCCUCCUUCUGAAUACUCAGAGCCCGGCUUCAUCACAGAGUCCUACCAGACACUUCAUCCCAUCAGCUCAGAAGAACUGCUGACCCUCAAAUAUGAGAGUGAAUACCCUGCUGCGGUCAUCCUCCGGGACACGGCCCUCAACGGCAUGCCGGGAGACUACUUUUCUGUCAAGCAAGAGGUGGUGUCACCUGACAACAUGUGCGUGGGACGCCUCAGCAGAGGUAAGCUUGGUGGCCAGGACUCGUUUGAGAGCAUUGACAGCUAUGAGAGCUGCGACCGACUGACCCAGUCCUGGAGCAGCCAGUCUUCAUUUAGCAGCCUGCAGCGGGUACCGUCUUAUGACAGCUUUGACUCAGAAGACUACCCCGCUGCCUUGCAUGGCCACAAGCCCAAGGGCACCUUUAAAGACUAUGUGAGGGAGCGCUCAGACCUCAGCAAGGACAAACCCGUCAUCCCAGCAGCAGCACUGGCAGGAUACACAGGCAGUGGCCCCAUCCAGCUGUGGCAGUUUCUUCUGGAGCUACUGACCGACAAGUCUUGUCAGUCCUUCAUCAGCUGGACAGGCGACGGCUGGGAGUUCAAGCUUUCUGACCCAGAUGAGGUUGCUCGAAGGUGGGGCAAAAGAAAAAACAAGCCUAAGAUGAAUUAUGAGAAGCUGAGCCGUGGCCUGCGUUACUACUAUGACAAGAAUAUCAUCCACAAGACAUCUGGGAAACGCUAUGUCUACCGCUUUGUCUGUGACUUGAAAAGCCUGCUGGGGUACACUCCCGAGGAGCUGCAUGCAAUGUUGGAUGUAAAGCCUGAUACGGACGAGUGAAUCAGAUAUGAAAGAAUAAAAAAGGAAGUGAAGACAAAAAGUUAAGGAGUCACUUGGACUGAGGCUCAUAAAGUGGUCUUAACUGUUUAAUAGAAUUGGUAAACCAAUUAUUUUGGGGACCAAAAAUGUUUUGUUUUGGUUUUUGGGUUUUUUUUGCUGUUUUUUUUAAACGAAUAACUGUGGUCUUUGUCAACUUUGAGCUCCUGUCUCUCAGACCAUAAUUUUAAAACCGAAGGCAGAAGCCUAAAACCUGUAUUCUUACCCUGUUGCAUUUGAGGUGCGUGUGUGUGCACGCAUGUGUGUAUGUGUGUAUGAGUGACUUAUACUGGUGUCAUUUAGCAGCUCAAAGCAGACAAAGCGUUACCGGGUAGAUUUCAGGUUCUGUUCUGACUAAGUAGCAAAGUGGGGGAGAACUGAGAGAGAGAGAGAGACAAUAAAAAUGUUGGGCUAAACGAAGCGGAAAGUUCCUGCUAAGAAAACGGUUGCCAAAAAAACCUGAACUGAACUGAGGAAGGUAUAAUCUCAUACUUGCAUACAUGCUUACUGUUUUUCCCUUUGGCAGUGACAGACUUUUUUCAGCUAGGACCAAAAAAAAAAACAAAAGGGAAAAAAAAGUGUCUGGUUUAAAUUGCUGUUUAUGCUUGUGCCACCAUACUAAUGCCGAUUUCUCAAAACAGUCGCUGUACAUCUUCUGGAUAAGUGUUGUAAAGGGUAUUUUUUCACAUUGUUCUCAGUGACGGUAUUACAGUGGAACCAAACAUUAGAUGCCAAGUUUUACUCGUCUGUUCUCAAGGAACUUUCAACUGAAAUGUGCUGAUGCGUUAUCAGACAACACUAUAGACACUGGCCCCUUGCUUUGUAGGGUGUGAAGACCUGGUGAGGUUACUCAUAGCAAGAGUGUCUGAAAGACAACUGAAAGUAGCCGUUGCUUUUGAAACUGACACGUUCACCUUCAUGUACAUGUUUGCCACCUCGUUAGAGACGCAUAUUGUGACUGAAAGUCGUGCAUUUUUUUUUUUUUUUGCAUAUACCACCAGUAUUAGCAAACUGUAGACAAUCUUAUAUGGGGAAAUUCAGGAGUAAGAGGAGCUGUUUCAUGUGCAGAUUAAAUGCAUAAUUUCAUUUCACUGCCCAUGUAAGCUUACUUUUAGACACGUUUUCAUAUUAAUUGCCUAGAGAGUAAAAUUGCAAGUUGGUUUGCUGAUGUUAUCUUGCAUAAUUCUCUUUCAAAUGUGUUGUACGUUUUGGCCAUAAGGAAGGGUAGUAUAGUGUGAAGGUACAGUGUAGGAAAGCAGGUCAGGUAAUAGGAAAACUGACUAUAAAUGUUGACUAUAGAGAAUCUGAAACUUUAGAGGAUAGAUGAAGGUGAUGGGUGAUGUGGAUAAUGUAGGUGAUCUCUCGUGAUGUCUGAUGACGACAGGUUGAUACAAGUGAUGCAAGUUAACUUGCUUGAGAAAUAUAGGACGGAUGGCAGAGGCUUCCAUUUCAAUUUUACAUUCUUUUGCAACUUAUCUACAUUCAGUUCAGAAAUGAAUGACUGGUUACAAGCAAAUUGGCAACAGUUUCCUCCCAAACAGUGGGAACAGUGGCUGUACACUAGCCUUAUGGGAAAUGCCAAAGUUGAGUAUUAUAUUAGAAUACAAUGUUAUUGUUUACAGUAGCUGAAAGUUACCCAUAUGGAUGAAAAUAGCUUCUGAGAUGUCUAUUUGUACAGAUUCUGUUUCAUAAUGCUUUACUGAGACCCAGAUUACACAAAUAAGCAAAAGACAAAGCAGGAAUAAUAACCAAAGCCCAUGUGAGGUCUUUGGCCACGGUGCACCCACAACGUUAGGAGAUGGGGACCAGAAACCUCUCACGUAUUCGUGAAAUGUCGUCUUUUAUCUUUUGUUAAUACGUCAGAAAGCACACAGCUUAAGGACAAAGAGUAACGUCUUUGCUGAUGUUUUUUUUUUUUUUUUUUCAUUUUUGAUUUUGGAUACCGGCUGAGUUUAGGUAAGAGAUGAUGUAUACGUUCAUACUGUGUAACUGGUAACAAGCUUGUCCAUUGUUAUUCAGCACUGGCUUAGUGUUUCCUUAUCCAAGAUAAAGAAUUGGAAGUUAAACAGUUGGUUCAGGAAUAAGCUGCACUGUAUGUUCAUUCCUUUAUUGCAUAUGUUCACACCAGUGUUUUGAAAAUCUUCUUUCUCUCUUUUUUUUUCUUUUUUCUUUGGUAUUGUUCAGGUAUUUUUCUGAUGUCAGUGUUCUGUAUUAAAGUGAGCUUAAAAGACUUAUUUUUUAUCUGUUUGUAUUAAAAAAAUGUUUUCUUUUUUCCUCCCAACACAAACGUCAUAAUGUUAGUAUGGUUGGCUUCAUAAGAUCAAUGUGCUCGGAGAAAACAUUUCUGUUACCUAAAAUGUUAAUAUUUUGACAUUUACUUUGUCAGGAAAUUAUACUGUUGUUAAAUGUCAGAGUCUACAGUCUACUGCAGGUCUUAUGUAUUAAUGAAACCUAGUCAGGCAAGUGUACACCUAACAAUAUUUUGUGGCAUAUGCAUAUCUCGGAAUGGAUUCAGAAGGAAAACUUGUUAUUUUGGAUGUUUUUUUGUAUAUUUUAUAGUGUCUUUGUAUUUUUGUUAUGAGAUCAUUUUUAUUGUAUUUAGUUCACAAGCAUUUGAAUAUUUUUCAAUAAUUUAUAUUUUAUAAAAGACGAGAUGCAGACAGCUGGUGCUUUCAUGGGAAUUUAAAGGUAGCGCAGGACAAAAUAAUGUAGCUAAUUUCUUUUUGUUUUUGUUUUUGAAUUCAUUUUUUAUAUAGAAAAUAGACCUGUCUGCUAGAGGUAAAAAGGCUGAUGCUGGCCCAUCAAUGAUUUCUGCUGGAAAGGUUUUAUAAACUGUAGCUUCUAUUUCCAAAAUGUACUUAAUGUACUUCAAAAUGUUAUAAAAUAUAUGUGAAGAAAGAUUUUA